AAACUGCGCUCUUUCUCCCGAAAAAAAACUUUCCUUUCCACUACUGCUCCUGCUCCUCCAGCCAACAAACACUUUCCGCUGCCCGUCAAAUAAGAAAAAACAAACACUUUCCGCUGAAGCAGACCGGAUCUCGUCGCACCACCGUGCAGCUUUCACCUGGUCCAGCACAGUCGCCAACCUUGUUCUCUGCCGGCAACUCGUUCCCACCGACCACAUCUCGCCCCAUCUCGGCUUGGCUGGCCACCGCCCGCGUGCGCCUGCUGGACCUGGCCGUGCAGCAGAUCGGUCGGAAUCGGAUCCUCCCUCAGCGCCGGUGGCGCCUCCCUUGUUAUUCUGACUUCUGAGAUGAAAAGCCUAGCGGACGCCUGUGGGAUGGCCACGCAAGAGGACGGCCACACUGGUGCUCUGGCUUGUGGAAGAGAGGUACAGCAGCGAAGGGAAGGACGCCAAGGAUCGCAGCGACAGCGCCAUCUAUCUCCGUACGCGCUUAGUGAGGAAGAAGAAUGGGAAGGAUAUGCUUGGAGGAGGAGAGUGGACUGCAGCUCAUAGACUCACCAUCGCCUCCACAGUACGCAGGUACGUAAUUUACUUUUCUUCUUGUGUCGUUUCCAUCUGAUGCUUGUUAAAUUGAGAGAAGGGGAGCCGAUAGCAACUCCAUUACCCUGCCUUCAUUCAGUUGAACUACGAUUCUUUUCAUGCUAUUGUCAACCCUGUGCAUAUAAUGUGAAGUAGUACUAAAUUCAGACUGAUUGUCAACCUGCUGUCUGCUCGCUCUAUGCUUCUAAGCAUGACAUUCAGAUAGAUGUUUGUGUGCACAUUUUUUUUUGCAUAAUUAAAAUCGGUUAUUGGGAUCCCUGUCAUCCUAACUUAAAUUGAGAGAAGGAUAGCUGAGAGGUUCAGAUGAGCACGAUGCUUGUGGAAAAUUGUUCAUAGCUAAUUCUGUGAACAAGUACCAUCACAAAAGAGAAAAAAAAUGAACUAGUAUACUCCCUAUGUUUUUGUAUACAAGGCCACUUCGUUUUUCAUGUCAGACUUUGACUUAUUAUUUUGGUCAGCAUCAGCGACUAGGGAGAUGGAGUGGCAUUCAGUUAAUGGUACGGACAUUCUAAUCAAAUUGUUUGCAACUUGGAAGUGAAAACACGCAUGGUAUAAAACUCGCGACAACAAAAUAGAUCACAUUGGCUUCGGUUGAUUGAGGAAGGCUUGAUUUUGUCCUGUCAUCAAACUAGAGGAAGAGGUUCCAAUGGUCCUUUGCAGCGAGGGAUUCUGCGCAGAGUGUUGCUAUUGUGAAUAGGUAUAAAUGUCAUUUGUCGGAUGACCCUGCGCAGAAAGUAGCAAAGUUCAGUUUCAUUGGAAUUCAGAAACUGGAAAACACGAAAGUGUGGAAUGGUAUACCAUUGGAGUAUUUUAUGGGUCUUGGGUCUCUGGUGACAGCAGGAUGGUGUGACCAAUUGAUUGAUGCAUUGUAGCAUUUAGGAUGGUUGUUAGCUUUGGUCGAAGAAGCAAGCCUUGAUUUUAUCCUGUCAUCGAACUAGAGUUGAAGGCUCCAAUGGUCUCCUGCAGGGAGGCAUUCAGAGCACAGUUCUGUUGUUGUACAUAGGUGUACACGUCGUUUGUCGGAUGACCCUGUGCAGAAAGUAGCAAAUUUCGGUUUCAUUGAAGUUUAAAAAAUUCGAGAACUCAAAGCGUAGAAUGUUAUACCAAUGGAGUAUUGUGUGGUUCUUGGGUCUGUGGUGGUAUUGAGGUUGUGUGACUAAUUGAUGGCUGCAUUGUAGCAUUUAGGAUAGAUGUCGGUUUCGGUUGAAGAAGGAAGCCUCGAUUUUCUCGUGUCAUCGAAUAGAGUUAGAGGCUUCCAAUGAUCUCUUGCGGGGAGGGAUUCAGAACACAGUUCCGCUAUUGUAAUUAUGUGUUACAUGUGGUUUGUUGGAUCACCCUGUGAAGAAAGUAGCCAAGCUCAGUUUCAGUGAAAUGACCUCCGCGGAGUGCCAUCCCUUGAUUCAGUGAUUCAUUGGAAACAAGACCAAAAGGUUGUGGCAGAUUGAGUACAUGGCCCUGUAAUUUUUUUUAAUUUAGAAAUUGGCCCUGUGAAAUUGUGGUUUUCUUUUUUAAUAAGAAAAUCAUAAGAAGAAAAAAAAAACACAAAAAGGCCGUAAGGCCCACAAACAGUCCAUGUACUGGCCAUCUUCUCUACAGAAAACAUGCUGUGCUAUAUAAUCCCGGUCCCGUCCCGUUGCCCGUUCCCUCCCCCACCGUUCCCCUUCUCCUCCUCCUCCCGCUCAGUCACGGGGAAGCUUCAGAAUUCAGAGGACGCACACAAAUCUCAGAAUUCAGAAGAAAGAUCGGGAUGAUGAAGUUGACAGACUCGAAGACGCUGAUCGAGGUGGAGCAACGCGCCUCCCAAGAUUGGGCGGAGGCCUCCCUCGCCUGGGCUGAAGCUUCAACUUCUUGGGUGGCAGCGGUGAAGAAAACCCCUGCCGUAUCUUUGGUCUCCGCGCGUUGGGCUUCGGCCGGGGGAUCAUGGCUCUCGGCUGCGUACGCCUGGGCGCCAAGAUCCUCCGAUUCCUGGCGUCCCGGCAACAGUUCAUGGACGCAAGGAUCAUGCAAUUGGGCAGCCGUCGGCCGCCGAUGGGCGCUGGCGAGCAUGAAUUGGGCUGUCGCCGCGGAGAGUUUCCGCAAUGCGCCAUCGAUUCUUUGCCUUGCGUCCAGUCCGCAAUCGAUUGGGCGUCCGCUGCGGUCACCUGGGCGGAACCUGCUAGUAUCUGGGAGACGUCGCUGUACCAGUGGGCCAUGGUGGCCGGACUCUUUGCGGUGGCUGGCGAGAGCGCGGCCGACGCGGCAGCUUCGUCCUACGCCGGUCGUCGAUUGCCCCCGCUCCACAACCACCCGUGGUCGAUUGCGGCGAUGCGUCGAGCUGUGCGCCAGUCGGCUUCCCCCGUCAAGCCGUCGGUUGCCGUUGCCGACAGGGACCAGGCUAUCCAAGAGCAGACCAAGGAGAGCGUCCGGCCGUCGGUGACCAAGGAGAAGGAAUCCACCCCGGCGGACCAGGGGAGAGAGGAUGAGACGGACGCCGCCGUCAAGACGUCGGUUGUCCAAAAGCACAAGGAGAGCGUCGAUUCUGUCGCGGCCUCGCAGGAGACGGCCCCCAGCUUGGCCAGCGUCGAGCCGUCGGUGACCAAGGAGAAGGAAUCCACCCCGCAGAACCAGGCGAGAGGGCAUGAGACGGCCCCCGCCGUCAAGCCGUCGCUGACCGAGGAGAAGAAAAGUGCCCUGCAGUAUCAGGCGAAGGCAAGGGAUAGGGCGGCCGCCUCCGUCAAGCCGUCCCUGACCGUGGAGACGGCCCGCAAGGCGGCCAUCGGAGAGCAGAAGCCCGGCAAGCUUCCGAACCUGGAGGACGCACUUGAGUUCCCGUUCAUUCCGGCGCCAGAUCGCACCCGGUUGAGGGCAUCUCCAACGCUGGGUGCCUAUCUAGGCGCUUGUGGCAAGAAAAAUAAGUAUCUAGAAACAAAAGGGGAUCUAGCGCCCACUCUUUCAAUGGGAGGCGCUAAUAACGGGCUCUAAUUACUGAUUAGAAGGAAGGGCCCAGACUCUCAUACGUGAAAGGAAACGGCCUAGCGCUCGAUGCUUAGCGCCUCCCAUUGAAGAUGCCCUGAGGCCACUAAAGCCUGGGCAGCAGCAGCGCCAGCGCCAGGCCUGAUUUGGUGGGUCGCUUCAGACAUUUUGACUCAUCUCGGAUUAUGUAGAAUUAGCUGCAUUCCUCCAAAAAAAAAUGUAGAAUUAGCUGCAUUGCAGAUUCUGUGGACUUGUAGUUGCACAUUGCAGAUUUUGUUGCCUACUCCACUGCAAAUUUUCUGUGAUGUUCCUUGUUAA